CGCCCGCCGGCGGGCCGCGCAGGGAAGGAAGGAGGCCAGGCUAGUAGGCCCUUGUUGAAGUCGGACUCGUGAGGCGGGAAAGCGCCCCAGUUACGGGGGGGCUCGGCCCCGGCCCCGGCCCCAGUUCCCCGCCUUAGAGCCUACGGUCAUAACCCUCGGAAAGAAAGCGGACAGAAAAAUGUGACUCGCCAGAAAAAUGAAACCAAAUGCUAUGAGGAUUAGCAACAAAAGACAAAUUACAACAGGUGGAACGCAAGGAAAAACAGAAAAAAAUAAAACUUCUCUGAAAACUUUGAAAAAAGAUAUCACAAAGGCAGAGAAAUCUAAAUAUAAGCCACUUACUGGGAAGGUGUUUUAUCUUGAUAUUCCCUCUAAUCUAAUCUCUGAAAAAUUAGAGAAGGAUCUUAAGGAACUAGGAGGGAGUGUGGAGGGAUUUCUUAGCAAAGAUAUCAGCUAUCUGAUUUCUAAUAAAAAGGAAGCAAAAUUUGCUCAAGUUCUUGGACAAAUUUCUCCAGUCCCAAGCCCAGGCUCUGCGGGCGGAAAUAGUUCACCUCAUCCCAGUAGCAGAAGAGAUCGACAUGAUGGAAAUUCAUUUAAGAUGGUGGAUACAGUACGUCUGAGUAGAGGAAAAUCUUUAGUUGAAAAAGCUAUCAAAGAACAGGAAUUAAUCCCUUCAGGGACUAUACUAUCCAAUGCCUUGAGUUGGGGAGUGAAAAUACUUCAUGUUGAUGAUAUUAAAAAUUAUCUUGAGCAAAAGAAAAAGGAGCUCUACCUGAUCAAGAAAGCAAGCAUUUCAAUCAAAGAUGUGGGGAAACGAUGUGGUGGUCAGAAAUCAAAAAGUCGACUGAAAAAUCCAUUUGUGAAAGUGGAAGACAGAAGCUGCCGUUACAGACCAUUUUAUCUACAAUUAUCCAGCUUUCCUGUUCUCAACUAUUCUGCACCAAAACCUUAUAGUCCAUUUGAUGUAGAUAAGAAGAAUGCUAGUGGCCAAAAGCAAACUCAGUCUAAACAAAGAAACAAAACAAAUAGUGACCAAGACUGUGGUGGUCCAGUUCAACUUCCUCUAAAGGAUAAGAAAAAGAAAGGGUAUUGUGAAUGUUGUAUGAGGAAAUAUGAAGAUCUGCAAACUCACCUUGAAAGUGAACCACACCAAAACUUUGCACAGAGCACCCAGUAUCAAGUUGUGGAUGAUAUAAUAUCCAAGUUUGUUUAUGAUUUUGUAGACUACAGAGAUGAUACACAAAAAAUGAAGAGGACAAAAUGUAUUAUGGGAUACUUUUCUCCUGUUAUUGGAAACAUAACUAAAACAGAUGAGCUGAAAGAACGACUAAAAAGACAACACAUUUCAUUCAACUAUUAUUCUUGGAAAGAUUCUAAAGUGCAGGAAUUAAAACAGGAUUAUCAACAUACAAAAGUAUCCCAGAGUUUGGUACAAAAACUUAACUCCAUUUCUGAAUCUGUAUGUUCUAUUCUUCCUUGUCAUCCAUCAUUUCCUUCCAAAGUAGUAAGUAAGUUCAAAAGUAAUGCUGAAAAUGGUAAAAUAGAAGAUUCCUGUGCUUUAAAUCUAAAAGAGACUGGUUUAUCACCAAACUUCAUACAGCUACCUCCCCAGAAAGACAACAAAACAUACCUUGAGAACUUAUCUGACUUUUAUGGGCAUUCUAGUAAUGAAGUAUUUGAACCUGCAUUAAAUUUAAAUAUAAAGAAUUUUCAAGGAGUGCAAACAAAGUUAUAUACUCAUGGUCAUGUCACUGAUAGUAGCGAAAAAGACAAAAAUACCUCACAGCCAAAACGAAAAUUAAAUAAUCCAUUUGUUCUACCAGCAAAAUAUUUGAAGAAAACAGAUGCCAAUUCAGCAUUUAACAAAAAACAGUUAGAUUUUGGUGUGGAUAACGAUCCACAGAGAGAGCAUCAUAUAGUUCUGAAGACGGAGACGCUAUCACAUUGUUUUUCUACAAGCAAAGCAACUAGUGAAUGUGCUAUCAAUAGUGCACCCAGUUCACCUUCUAGAAAGCUGCACAGAAAAGUAAAACUUUCCUCAGGAAAAAAUAAAAGAGGAAACCGGAAACAGAAUAUGGAGUUAUGUGUAAAGCAAACUGAUUUAUCUGUUGUUGAAGAAAAGAAAAAUGCAUGUUGCUCCCCAAUGCAGACUCUGGUGGAAUUAUUUCAGACAAGUGAAGUAAAUUCAGAUUUUGGGGGUUUUACAAGUUAUCCUGAGAAAAACAAUUCAAGUUGCCUGAAAGAUAUUUGGGAAGGACAAAAUGCAAAUUCUCUGUGGUCAUUAUUUUCUUCUUCCUCUUCAACCCCAUUUAUCGGAUUUUAAUGCUGCUUUAUUUAAAACAAUGACUUUUGAAUAAAUUUGCAAACUGAUGAGGAUUUUAUUCAUGGAAACUAAUUCUUGUAUUAUAAAUUAUGUGUUCAAGUUUUGUUAUAUCAAAUAUACAUGCAAAAACAUGAGUAAA